AUGCGCUUCGUGUGUCUUGCCCUCGUUGCACUAUGCCUGUUGUCUCUGGCUCCCUCGUGUGGUGCUUUUGGAAAUCGCAGGCUGUGUGGCAUCCAGCUUGUAGAGGCACUCCUCUUCGUUUGUGGGGAAAAAGGACUCUUUUACCAUCCUGGGAGACGAGUGAGAGAGGAAAACAUACGAAUCAUGAUGAGGGACAGCGCCUCCCUCCUGCGGGAGACCAGAAUGUUUCUUGAGAGUGGAGAGAGAGAGAGGAUGAGCGGGAACAGGGUCAUGAAGAGAGGGAUCGUGGAACAGUGCUGCCAUUUCUACUGCAACUAUUACGACCUGGAGAACUACUGCAACAUAUAG